GUGUCACUUCAUCGCUCGGAAGGGAGAGGAGUGCGUUACCUUAGCGGCGGAGAAUUAAUGAAAGUAUGCAAGUGUGUCUUUCGGUGUGCGUUGCGGUAGCGUGAGUCAGCCCUCGAGGGUGUGCGCGGGUCCGGCUGUGCCCUGAGCGGCGUGUGGCGGUGGUGAUGAUGUGAAGUGUGAGUGGGUGACCCGCGAGUGAACACGUGGUGAACAUGUCAACAGAUCCGGUCAAGGAGUUUAUGAGCAGCGCCCUCGUCACCUGGGUGCGGACUUUCGAGAGCGAUGGCGGCGGCGGGCUCACCUACGCCGCGCUGGCCGACGGGGUGUUCCUCUACGACGUCAUGCAGCAUAUUGACGGUCGUAAUGGCGGUGGUGGGCGUCCCGUCAACCGCCACCCCGUCGACGCCGCCUCCCGCCUCGCCAACCUCGCUGCGGUGCUCCUGCGCAUCAAGGCAUUCUACCAGGUGAGUCGGUGUGCCUGGUUACCUAGCUUCGAGAAAUAG